AUUGUUACAGCGUGUCAUGCGCAGAACAAGUCAAUUCUUCUCUGGUAUUCUACACUAUCAUGAUCAGGCAUUGAAUCGUGAUUGCAUUCUGACGUAUAACUGUCGAUCGAUCACAGCAAAUUAUAAAAUUAUGAAAAAUCCAAAUUUCAAAUUGCUUUCCGGUCUCGAUAAACCGUGUCAUUCCAGAUGUCAUAUUCGUUGCGAAAUAUAACCUAAUAUAUAAAAUUUGUAAACAUUGAGAGUAUACAGAACGUGAUCUCGACACUCUGAUAGUAAAAUUGCCGUAUAAAGCAUUUAGGAAGUUUCUCUAGAAAUGAAAAUAACGAAAUCCACUGUAAUCCUUCUAGUUUUUGUAUUGAUGUUAUCGAUAUUUGUAGCGAAUGUCGCAGAUCUGAUCAAUGUUGAUAAUCAUGUAUUAGAUGAUACCUUGCAUAACAAGGAUACAAAAAAAGAAUGGUCAGAGCCAAAAUUUUAUGACAUUGGAGAAUCAUUUGACCACUUAAUGUGGUUUUUACAAAUAUCAGAUAUACAUAUAAGCAUAUUUCAAGAUUCAUUUAGGAUAACAGAAUUAAAGGAAUUUUGUAACAUUACAAUAAACAGCAUUAAACCUUCUGUUGUGCUUGCUUCAGGUGAUCUCACAGAUGCCAAAGCCAAAGAUAAAAUGGGAUCAAAACAAAUAUUGGAAGAAUGGCAAUAUUAUAAACGUGUUUUGGAUGAGACUGAAGUUACCAAGAAAACUCUAUGGUUAGAUGUGAGAGGCAAUCAUGAUAAUUUCAAUGUACUAAGUCUUGAAUCAAAGAACAAUUAUUAUUCAAACUACUCUAUUCAAGGACAAAAGCACCCAAGAUCUUAUAUGUACACUAUAAAUGCUGGGUCUGAAUUAUAUACAUUUAUUGCAAUAGAUGCUUGCUUAAAACCUGGUCCAAGAAGACCAUUCAAUUUUGUUGGCAUAUUAGAUGAGCAUGAAAUUAAAAGUAUAUACAAUUUAAUAAAUAAAUCCAAGGAUAAUAAUGCAGAUUUUAUAAUAUGGUUUGGCCAUUAUCCCACAUCUUGCAUUCUGUCACAAACUAAUACUAGUAUUAGAAAUAUCAUAGGCCGAUAUAAAGAAAGUAUGGUAUAUCUUUGUGGACAUUAUCAUACACUUGGAGGAGCAGUGCCUAAUAUGUAUACUUUACAGCAAGCAGGAUUUCUUGAACUAGAAUUAGCAGAUUGGAAAGAUAACAGAAUGUAUCGUUUAGGGGCAAUAGACCAUGGUCAAUUUUCGUUCAUUGAUGUAAAACAUAAAGAAUGGCCUAUAGUACUAAUAACUAAUCCUAAACAUGUUUUGUACACAAUGCCCAAGAAAGAGAAUAUAAUGUCUAUUAUUAAAUCUACACAUAUUAGAAUUUUGGCAUUUUCGAUAGCAUUGAUAAAAUCUGUCGAGAUUCAGUUAGAUGCUGAACCUUGGUCUGAGUGUGAACAUAUUAAAGGACCACUAUAUGUUUUAAGAUGGAACACAACAAACUACAAAGAGGGAGUUCAUACUAUUCGAGUAAAGGUUAUAGAUAUUGAUGGAAGAGAAACAACAGUAGUUCAACCAUUUGCACUUGACAGAUCACGUUUAUCAUUUCGUAUUUUACCUAGAAUUAUACUUAUGUCUAACGUCAGUAAUAUCUUCCAAUUCCUGUUUGGAACGGUGCUGGUUUUAUUAGUAAUUCCAUUGUGUAUACUUCGUUUCCUUCAUAUAUUGUGCGAGAGGAAACAAAUGAACCGACCAAGAUUCAGAAUAAAAUUUUUUCAUUCUUGGAUUAGAAAAUUAUGGAUAUUAUCUACUGUUGAUCGUCUGUUUUUUCCUUUAGUAUUUUAUGCAUUAUAUUUAACAAUUGGUCCAUGGGCUAUUGGUGAAGUCAUAGAAAAUCAAACAGGUGUCAUUUUUGCUUGGGGAACAUUUGUUGGGAAAUCUUUUUUACCUGGUGCUUUUACUUAUGCUUACGGAUUUUUCCAAUUAUUUUCCUUUCAUCUGCCACUGAUGCUAAUUUUAGCUAAUAGAGUGGAUAAACGAUUGCAAAAUACUAAACCAAGUAGCAAACCAUUGUCUAAGAUUUGUUUUGUCUUACAAUAUUUACCAAUAAUAUUAUUAAUCAUGAUGCAAACAUGUAUGGCUUAUUUCUUCUGGCUAGCAUAUGGAACAUUGGCAACCAUAUUGUGUCCUUUACGCACUUGGAGUAUUUUUUUAGCAAUCGUGUUGUGGUAUCAAGUAGAUACAAUGCCAUAUUCGUGUUUAAGGUCUGCUGCAAAAAUAUGGUCUCCUCUUGGUGGUCAGAUAAGAAUAAAACUAUUCAGGAAAGUUGACAUCUUUUCCAAAAUACGGAUCAGUAUUUCUUUGAAAACAGAUUUUAUUGUUAUCCUAUAUUUUUGUAUAAACUAAUUGUUACUGUCUCUGAAUAUGAUCUCAGAACUAUGAAAAUGUGAUCUCAGUAGGCCAGUGAUUCCCAAUCUUUAAUAAUCACGAAUUUCUUCCAUAGAUAUACCAAGUUAUUUUCAAAAAAAAUUUUUUAAAUAUGACUACAAGUUUAUUUCUAACUACAAGUACAUAAUUGUAUCGUUUGCUUUCAUAUGUUUUUUAGUCUUGUACAAUAUGAUUUUCAAAAGUUUAUGAAAUUAUUGGGAAUCAUAAUAAAUACUUCACUUUAUAAAAUGCGAACAAUGUAUUUUGUAAACUGCUACAAGGAAAGUGAGAAAUAAUAUUAUUUUCAAAUAUUUUGUGCAUAGUAUAAAGUAUGUACUUAAUCACUUGACCGAACAUUAAUAUAAAAAAUAUGUAAUAUAUACCGACAGUGACGCAUGUAAGUGUUAAUAAAUGUUACAUAUAGCUUGAC